AUGACGCCCUGGCCGCUUUCCCUGCUGCUGCUCCUGGCCGGGCCCCCCGCCACGCAGCCCACACCCCCAACCUGCUACUCCAGGAUGCUGAGCCUGAGCCGGGAAAUUGCUGGUGCCUACCAGAGCCUGCAGGCCACGGAGUCCUCGGAGCCGUGUGUGAGAUACCUGCCCGGGCUAUACCUGGAUAUACACAAUUACUGCGUGCUGGCCAAGCUGCGGGACUUCGUGGCAUCGCCCCAGUGUUGGAAAGUGGCCCAGGUGGAUGCCUUGAAGGACAAGGUGCGGAAACUGUACACCAUCAUGAACUCGUUCUGCCGGCGGGAUUUGGUGUUCCUGUCAGAUGACUGCAAUGCCUUGGAAUACCCAAUCCCAGUGACCAAAGCCUUGCCAGAUCGUCAGAUGCGGAUCCGCUACCAGGAUCCCAGGCCUGGAGCAGCCCGAGUGACCGCCUGGAAGAGCCUGGGGUCUCCGCCGCCAGGGGCCGCCCACCGGACGCGCCUUUGA